CGAUGCUAAAUUGCCGUUCGGAUUAGUAUGGAUGAUCCUCCUUUGUUUUUAGCAUUGGCACUAGCGACGUUCUGUCGUAAGGUGUUUUUUUUGGGGACACUUUGACACUCAACUCCAACCGGGGUGUCAGCUGAUAUCCAUUUGGGUUAACAUGUCCCGCACAGCCAUUUUGACUGCAGGGGCCGCAUUCACUUUGGGUGAAGCCGAUGAAUUGUGGUGCCUUCCCGAGGCCACAUCAUCGGCGAGAUAGCUCUUCAAAAUGAACAUUGGGACUGGCAAUAUUUGCAUGGCAAGUGUCGUGUUAUCAAGUGAGGCACACGUCAAAGGCUGUGUCUGGGCGGGGCCCGGCCGGCGUGCUACAAGAUGGCCUACUUCCACCACGUGUCCAGCCGAGUCGACUUCAGGGAGGCCGAGCUGGCGUGCCGCGUGGAUGGCGGACACCUCGUGAGCAUACGCACGCUGCAGGAACAGAAGCACAUCGAGACGCUCCUGGAGAAGUUGCGUUUGGGAUCGGGAAUAUCAGAUGGCGAUUUCUGGAUCGGUUUGAGGCGCGCGGACCGCCACGAGCGACAUCCUUCCGACGGCGUGGCCCCCUGCCCGCAACGCUACAGGUGGACCGACGGCAGCACGGCGGCCUUCAGGGAGUGGCACCCCGACGAGCCGUCGUGUGGCGCCGAGUCCUGCGUGGCCAUGUAUCAUCAGCCGGGAGUGGGCGGGGCUUACCUCUACCGAUGGAACGACGACCGCUGCUCCAUGAAACAUAACUUCAUCUGCAAAUACCAAGCCGAGCGCCGCCCAGAGGAGGAACGCGGGACCGCGGCCGCCGGCCGGGGCGCAGAGACCACGCCGGAUGGGAAUCGUGUGACCUCGACGGGAACUUCAGGCCCGUUGGCGCUGUACAUCCUCCUUGCGGCCAUCCCGCUGCUGCUCAUCCUGGCCGCGGGCGCGGCCCGCUGCCGCCACGCGCUGGGCAAAAGGUCAGCCAUCCGCUCGGGCGCCGAACGUCGUCCGUGCGGCUCCUCCCGCGGCCCGGCGGAGAGGCGGGGCCACCUUUGGAUCUCCGAGACGCGCGAAGGCGGCGGCGCGGAGCCGUGACGGCGCAUCCGCGCUACCCGAUUGCAGGCAGGUGAUGAGGGCGGAGUCUCAAGUGUCACGUCAUUUAUUGGAUCACUAAGCUCAUGUCCAGGUGUAAAUGUCCCAUCCCAAAAAGAAAGAAAAAACAAA